AUGGAGGUGUCAAACCGAGAGAUUAAGCAAAUUUUGGAGAAAGUGGUGAAUCCACAAAGGAAGGACUGGAGCUCUCGGUUGGGAGAUGCAUUAUGGGCAUAUAGGACGGCCUAUAAGACCCCAUUAGGGAUGAGACUCUUUCAGAUCGUCUAUGGUAAGGCAUGCCACCUUCCGGUGGAGAUUGAGCAUAAAGCUUAUUGGGCUGUUAAGCAGUGUAACAUGGACAUCACCAAGGCAGGUAUAGCCAGGAAAUUGCAACUAGAAGAGCUUGAAUGUCUUAGGAUGGAGGCAUAUGAGAAUGCUCGAAUCUACAAGGAGAAGACUAAGGCAUUUCAUGAUCACCAUAUCCGGAAGAAGGAUUUUCAAGAAGGUGACGAAGUUCUCCUCUACAACUCGAGGCUCAGAAUCAUGCCUGAAAAGCUCUGUUCAAGAUGA